AUGGCAGUUUUACUCAGGAUUCGUCACUGUAACAGAAGGACUGGCUGUAAGAUGGAGCUGCCUGGUGUUGCUGUUUGGAUAUUUGUUUGCCUCUAUGCAUCUGUGGUUGGCUAUCCAAAUGGGAAAGUAAGAGAAGCCUGUACCAGCAUGGUACCCUGUCAUGGUGGCUCUCCUCAGCUGUCACCUGAGCAUGCCAUUACAGUGAAUGGGACUGAAUUUAAACCAGGGGACAACAUAGAAGUUCAUCUGUCUGGACCAGAUUUUGAAGGAUUUUUCAUACAAGCCCGGGAUGCAGAACGCCUGGAUGGCCCUGCAGUUGGUUCUUUUGUAUUAGCUGACAGGAGACAUUCUCAGCUGCUGACGUGUGGUCGUACCAAGAAUUCAGCUGUCAGUCACACAAGUAAAUCAAAAAAGAAAGACAUAAAAGUUUAUUGGAUUGCUCCUGAAAAUGCUCCAAAAUAUGUACAGUUUCUAGCCACAGUUGUGAAGAAAUACAGGAUUUUCUGGGUAAAAAUUCCGGGUCCCAUUGUUUCUCAGCCUGAUGUGCUGUCCCCAACACCAUCUUUGCAUGCAACAUCAGAGGCUAUGUCAACUUCACACCCAGUUUCCUACAUAUCAAAACCAUUAAGGCAACAAGGUGGGGAAAUAACAAAGUCCGCAAUAAGAAACCCAAAAAGGGAACCCGGAAAGGCCUCAAGGUUUUUUCCAACCCUCCAAAAAAAAGAAAAGUCAAGUUUUAAUGAAAAGAAGGGGCCAAAAGAAAGAAAAAUAACAAUUGCAAUUUCCCAAGAACAACUGCAGGGUGGUGAUGAUGCCUAUCUGUGUGUUAAUGAGGAUCACCACGUUCACGUGAGCACUGCCCAUCUGAAGGAGCGAAGUCAUCCUCUCUUGGAUUCAGAGAAUGCCCUUGAAGAUGUGUCGUGGAGGCUUGCAGAUGGCCUUCUUCAAUGUUCUUUCAGAAGGAGGAUUCGUCUCCCUGCUUAUAAAGGGAGAUUUAAUCUGGAUACCAGUUACUACAUCUUUCUGGCAGAUGGGGAAGCUAGUGAAGGUGGACUCGUACACAAACAUCGUCGACAGCCCCUGGUCACCAAUGGACUGUACAAUGUCACAGGCCUUCCUCUGGAUAUUGGCGGUUCCCGUGCCCCACGGCUUAUCAAGGCUCAUGGAGCACUAAUGUUUGUUGCUUGGAUUACCACAGUUAGUAUUGGUGUUAUUGUUGCACGAUUCUUCAAACCUGUCUGGUCUCAUUCAUUCCUACUUGGAAGGGAGUUGUGGUUUCAGGUGCAUCGUAUGCUUAUGUUGACCACAGUCAUGCUUACAAGCAUUUCUUUUGUGCUGCCUUUUGUGUACCGAGGAGGUUGGAGCCAACAAGCAGGUUUUCAUCCUUAUCUUGGCUGUGCUGUGAUGGCUUUGACAAUCUUUCAACCACUUAUGGCAGGUUUCAGACCAUCUCGUCAUGCACCAAGGAGGCAACUGUUUAACUGGUUUCACUGGAGUACUGGUACAACAGCUAGAAUAUUAGCUGUUGUGACUAUGUUCUUGGGAAUGGAUCUGCCAGCACUUGACCUGCCAGACCCAUGGGACACCUAUGCAAUGAUUGGCUUUGUAGCUUGGCAUGUUGGUACUGAUGUUCUUCUGGAAAUACACAGCUACUGUCUCGUUCGUAAAGUUGAAGUGAUAGAGGAUGACAGAGUACAGAUACUGCAGUCACUCACAUCUGCAGAAGCAGAGGGUCGUCUGUUUAAACAGAUUGUUUUAACCAUCUAUGUAAUUGGAAAUUUAGUAUUCCUUGUUACCUUCCUGAUAGCAAUCAACCAAGUAUGAAACAAGUAUUUGAGAAUUUUGUGACAAAAUACUGUGCAGCUGAGAAGUCUGCAAGGAAUACUUCUUAUUAAAACUUCUUUCUCAAUGUGGUCCUGAAGAUGUAAUUGAACAAGAACAGCACAUGUAUGUCAUGCUCAGUGUU